AAGUGUUUGUUCAGUCGUCUUCUGUAGUGAAGACAGUUCAUCUGUUAAUUAGUUGUUUUCAAAUUAGACUUCUCAUGCGUUAGUAGUCAGAACUGAGUGUUUGUGGAUUACGGAUACAACACCAUGAUUUGUUUCAGUUUUAAGAACUCUGUGCUCUCUAAAGAGUUUCACCGACAACUAUCGGCCACUCUAACGGCGCUUAUGGUAGUAUUUAGCUAUGGGAUUUCUUUGGGAUGGAUAACACCGCUGCUUUACAUAUUGCAGUCAAAUGAUUCUCCUUUGACAUUUAAAAUUUCCAUUGAAGAUACUUCGUGGAUUGGUUCUCUUUCGAAUGCCGGUGGACUUAUUGGCACUGUUUUCUUUGGAUAUCUAAUUGAUCGAGCUGGACGAAAAAUAUGCCUGUAUAUUCUUCCGCUGCCACACAUAGCCUUUUGGAUCAUUGUAUAUUUUUCCAAAAAUGCUUAUCAUCUUUACCUAGCUCGCUUUGUUGGUGGCAUAACCGGUGGUGGCAUUUUCCUCAUUUUCCCGAUUUUCAUAUCAGAAAUAGCUGACCCUAAAAUUCGUGGAACUUUGGGAUCUCUCAUACCUCUUUUAACAAAUGUGGGCGUUCUAGUUGGCUAUAUAGUUGGAUCACAUGUUCCAUAUUAUAUUGUUCCUCCAGUAGUUAUAGUACUACCAGCGGUUAGCCUUUUAUUCAUGAUUUAUUACCCAGAAACUCCGCAGCAUUUACUGCGGAAAGGACACUAUGACCAAGCGAAACGCUCCUUAGAGUACUAUACAAACUUCAAGAAGAAGAAUACAAAUGAUGAAUCAAAAUUUGACACACAUUUUAUGGAUCUAAAAACGGCUAUAGAGGUGACAAACCAACAACAAAAGGUUACAUUCAACGACUUUUGUAACAAGAGAGCAAUUACGGCAAUGGCUACUGGAAUAACCAUUAUAUUCAUCAAUGUCUUUUGUGGCUACUUUUCCAUUACUAACUAUUCUACAUUAAUUUUUGCGGAAACUAAAUCGUCUAUAGAUCCUAACACAAGUACCAUUGUUAUUGGCGUUGUUAUGAUAUUAGGAUCAUACUUUGCAUCGUAUUUUGUUGAUAAGUUUGGUAGAAGGAUUCUAAUGAUGUUAUCGUCUGGAAGUAUGGCCUUAGGCUUGAGCGCAAUAGGAACUCAUGCAUACUUGACCAAUUGGAUUGACCUGACGAAAUUUCCUUUGCUGCCGGUCGUUAUAAUUUCAUUUAUAAUAUUUGCUGGAAGUACUGGAAUAGCUGCAAUUAACUCUGUUUUAAUAGUAGAAGUACUCCCGCCAAAGAUACGAUCAUGGGGAACAACAAUUUGUCAAAUAAUUUUGGGAAUAUUUUCAUUCGGAGCCCUUAAAAUUUUUCCAAUCCUGAUGGCGAAUAUUGGUUUGUGGGGUGUUAUGUGGAUAUUCGCUAGUGUUGCAUCUUUUGGAUUCUUCUUCUUCUUGUUUUGUCUGCAAGAAACAAAAGGCAAAUCUUUAGAUGACGAUAAUGCAUUCAAUUAAAAUACAUAUUGACGAAGUUAUUGUGAUAA